AUGUAUCCACGUUAUCUCUUUGUUAUUCUUCUCAUCAUCUGUUCGGUGUUGGCCUUUGAUAAGAACUCUAUUACCAAGAAAGGCAAACGUGAUCCAUUUGAGAAGCAUCCAAUCUCUCGUAGAGUUUUAAGAUUUGAACGUUCUGUUGCUGAACGUGAGCCAAGCUUCCCCAUUCCCGAUGAUCUUCCAUAUCCAUUAUUGGAUUUCGCAAAAAUCUUACCUGAACUCCCAGUAAAAAACAAGCCAAGUCAACAGUUUCCCGAUUUGGAAUAUCAACCAGAAAUCGAAUUUUAG